UGGGAGAUGAAGGUGUGAUUUUUUUUUUUUUUUUGCGCAGGCGCAGUUGGCCGCAUAGUUUGCUGUUAGAGAUGAUGCGCUGGAUUCGGGCGGGCGCUGUUCGCUUCUUGAGAUCCGCGGUCCCGGAGAGGAGAUACAGCGGGGGCCAGGGGCCGCGCCGCACCGCGCUCUAUGACUUCCACCGGGAACAUGGAGGGAAGAUGGUGGAGUUUGCCGGCUGGAGCCUCCCGGUGCAGUACAAGGACAGCCACGUGGCCUCUCACCUGCACACCCGCCAGCGCUGCUCCCUGUUCGACGUCUCUCACAUGCUACAGACCCGGAUACACGGGAACGAUCGGAUCGCGUUCAUCGAGAGCCUCGUGGUUGGCGACAUCGCAGAAUUAAAGCAAAACCAGGCUACGCUCUCACUCUUCACUAAUGACCGCGGGGGGAUCAUUGAUGACCUCAUCGUCUCGCACACCUCAGACGGGUAUCUCUAUGUCGUGUCCAAUGCCGGCUGUGCAGAGAAAGACUCCGCCCACAUGCAGAACCAGCUGCAGGAGUUCAGAGCGGCCGGGCGGGACGUGGCCUUAGAAGUGGUGGACUGCGCUCUGCUGGCCCUGCAAGGUCCCUCCACAGCGGAUGUCCUCCAGGCCGGACUGAGCGACGACCUCUCUAAGCUGACCUUCAUGACCGGCGUUACCACCAGCGUCUUCGGGGUCCCUGGCUGCAGAGUGACCCGAUGCGGGUACACGGGGGAGGACGGGGUGGAGAUUUCGGUGCCCAGUAUCCGAGCGGUGGAGUUGGCGGAGAGACUUCUGCAGAGCGGCGCGGUGAAGCUGGCGGGUCUGGCGGCGAGGGACAGUCUGCGGCUGGAGGCGGGCCUGUGCCUGUACGGCAGUGACAUAGAUGAGACCACCAGCCCGGUGGAGGCGAGCCUGGUGUGGACGUUAGGUAAACGCCGCCGGACCGCUAUGGACUUCCCGGGGGCCUCGGUCAUUGUGCCACAGAUAAAAGGAAAGGUCACACGGAAGCGCGUGGGACUGACGUCCACGGGGCCGCCUGUCCGCCAACACGCGCCAAUCCUGAACCUGGAGGGACGCGUCAUCGGUGAGGUGACCAGCGGCUGCCCCUCCCCCUGCUUACGACUGAACGUGGCGAUGGGAUACGUGGAGCCGGCGUACGCCAAACCGGGCACUGCGCUGCGACUGGAGGUCCGUAAGAAGGUGGUGGACGGCGAAACCUGCAGGAUGCCCUUCGUGCCCUCGAGAUAUUAUAAUCUAAAGUAAUGCCCCCCCCCCCCAUCGGUAUUCGGGGGCCCCAUGGUAGUCGUAUCUCAGGGACCACGUGUGUAUCACAUUCCUGGGGCCCCAACCAUGUUUUCUUAGGACUGGAACACUGUGACGACUCUCAGCUGAUGUAAGGGCAGUCCUAUGUAAAUAAAGCUGCACCCUAUCCGAAUGCAGGCAGCGCCCUGAUGAGUUGCAGCAUGGUCCGGCAUUUUUACCUUUGAGACCUGUGCUUGCUGUCGGUGAAUUGAGAACAUUUAUUCUUAGUCACACACCUGAGGGUUUGUUUCCGUGUCACAGUGCAGCGCGCAGCAGUGAAGCAUCAUUUACAUGGGAGUGCCACUGCUCUUACAUGGAGCUGCUGCUUGAAGUCGUGGCCUCUGACCUGUGAGUUUUGUAGCCAAUUAAAAGCAACUUCUUCUAUU